AGCGGGAGGCGGAGCGAGUCCAAAAUGGCGGCUCUCAGGCAGGCGCGCUCCUUGCUGCUGGUUUUUUGAGGUGGUCGCCCGGGGUCCAGGGGACGAUUUCCCCGCCGCGGGGGCCCUAGAGGAUGAAUCGGGGGCUCUGCUAAGGUCAGGCGGCGGGGCUGGAGAGAGGUGGCAGCAAGGGCUGCGGUGGCGUCCACGCAGCGGGAUGUGCGAGAGUUACUCCAGGUCGUUGUUGAGGGUCUCGGUGGCGCAGAUCUGCCAGGCGCUGGGCUGGGACUCGGUGCAGCUCAGCGCCUGCCAUCUCCUCACGGACGUACUGCAGCGCUAUCUGCAGCAGCUGGGCCGGGGCUGCCAUCGGUACUCUGAGCUCUAUGGCCGAACAGACCCAAUUUUGGAUGAUGUUAGUGAAGCUUUCCAACUUAUGGGGGUCAGUCUGCAUGAGCUAGAAGACUAUGUUCACAAUAUCGAACCUGUCACUUUCCCACAUCAAAUCCCUUCGUUUCCUGUUAGCAAGAACAAUGUACUUCAGUUUCCUCAACCUGGAAGUAAAGAUGCAGAAGAAAGAAAAGAACACAUCCCUGAUUACAUGCCACCCAUCCUGUCUUCUCAAGAAGAGGAAGAAGAGGAGCAGGUGCCCACAGAUGGGGGCACCUCUGCGGAAGCCAUGCAGGUUCCCUUGGAAGAGGAUGAUGAACUGGAAGAGGAGGAAAUUAUUAAUGAUGAGAAUUUCCUGGGUAAGAGACCGCUGGACAGCCCCGAAGCUGAAGAAAUGCCUGCUACCAAGAGACCCCGGCUGCAGAGCACGAAAGGGGACAGCCUAGAUGUUGUGUUAUUAGAAGCUCGAGAACCCCUCAGCUCAAUAAAUACGCAGAAGGUCCCACCCAUGCUUUCUCCAGUGCACGUGCAGGACAGCACAGACCUCACCCCUGCGUCCCCAGAGCCACCCAUGUUGGCUCCAGUUGCAAAAUCACAGUUGCCAAGUGCAAAACCAUUAGAAACCAAGUCCUUUACACCUAGAACAAAGACGAAAACGAGUUCUCCAGGACAGAAGACUAAGUCACCUAAAACUACCCCGUCACCAGCAAUGGUCGGAAGUCCUAUUCGGUCACCAAAAACCAUGUCCAAAGAGAAGAAAUCACCGGGACGGUCUAAGAGCCCCAAGAGUCCCAAGAGCCCAAAGGUUCUGACUCACAUUCCUCAGGUACCCGUCAGACCAGAAACACCAAACAGGACUCCUCCAGUCACAGUCAGUGAAAAGAUCAGUAAAGAGGCAAUCCAGGUGAAGCAGACACAGACACCCCCUGAUGUCGGGAAGCUGAGCAAUGAGAAUCAGCCGAAAAAGGCUGUGGUGGCAGAUAAAACAAUCGAUGACUCUAUUGAUGCUGUGAUUGCACGCGCCUGUGCUGAACGAGAGCCAGAUCCUUUUGAAUUCUCUUCUGGAUCAGAAUCUGAAGGAGACAUUUUUACCAGCCCCAAAAGAAUUUCAGGUUCGGAGUGCAACACUCCAAAAGCCUCCACUUCCUCAAACAACUUCACGAAGUCAGGAUCCACUCCUCUGCCUCUUUCUGGUGGAACUUCCAGUUCUGACAACUCCUGGACAAUGGACGCUUCGAUUGAUGAAGUUGUGCGGAAAGCAAAACUGGGAACACCUUCAAAUAUGCCCCCCAACUUCCCUUAUGUCUCUUCUCCUUCCGUGUCCCCUCCCACUCCGGAGCCUCUCCACAAGGUGUAUGACGAGAAAGCCAAGCUGCCUUCAUCAGUGGACGUGAAGAAGAAAUUGAAAAAGGAACUGAAGACCAAAAUGAAAAAGAAAGAAAAGCAGAGAGACAGGGAGAGGGAAAAAGACAAAAACAGGGAAAAAAGCAAAGACAAGGAAAAUAAAAUAAAAGAGAAAGAGAAAGAAAAGGAAGUUGGGAAGGAAACCAAGUAUCCAUGGAAGGAGUUUCUGAAAGAUGAGGACUCAGAUCCCUACAAGUUUAAAAUAAAAGAACUUGAAGAUGUUGAUCCAAAAGUGAGAUUGAAAGAUGGGGCUGUGAGGAAGGAGAAAGAAAAGCAUAAAGAUAAAAAAAAGGACAGAGAAAAAGGUAAGAAAGAUAAAGAGAAAAGAGAAAAAGAGAAAGUGAAAGACAAAGGCAGAGAAGAUAAGUUGAAAGCAGCACCAGCCCCUCUGGUGCUGCCCCCGAAGGAGGUGGCUCUGCCCCUGUUCAGCCCCGCCGCAGCCCGGGUCCCCGCCUUGCUGCCCUCGCUGGCGCCAAUGCUUCCGGAAAAACUCUUUGAGGAAAAAGAGAAGCCUAAGGAGAAAGAAAGGAAAAAAGACAAAAAGGAGAAGAAGAAAAAGAAGGAAAAAGAGAAGGAAAAGGAAAAGAAAGAGAAGGAGAGGGAGAAAGAAAGAAGAGAGAGAGAGAAGAGAGAAAAAGAAAAGGAGAAACACAAGCAUGAAAAAAUAAAAGUGGAGCCAGUCAUCCCAGCCCCAAGCCCAGUUAUCCCCAGAUUAACCCUCCGAGUUGGUGCUGGCCAAGACAAGAUUGUCAUCAGCAAAGUCGUUCCCGCUCCCGAGGCUAAGCCGGCCCCCUCCUUGAACCGGCCCAAGACGCCGCCCCCGGUCGCCGCGGCCCCCGCGCCCGGCCCCACGCACGUGGGCCCCGCACCCCCACCGCCGCCCCUGGCGCCCGCCGCCUGCCCAGCACUGCUGCCCUCGCCAGGUCCCACGGUGGCCGGCAGCACCAAGGCCCCAGUGCGCAGCGUGGUGACCGAGACGGUCAGCACUUACGUGAUCCGAGAUGAGUGGGGCAAUCAGAUCUGGAUCUGUCCUGGGUGUAACAAGCCUGACGAUGGCAGUCCGAUGAUCGGUUGUGACGACUGCGAUGACUGGUACCACUGGCCCUGUGUGGGGAUAAUGGCUGCGCCCCCCGAGGAGAUGCAGUGGUUCUGCCCCAAGUGCGCCAACAAGAAGAAGGACAAGAAGCACAAGAAGCGGAGGCACCGGGCGCACUGACGGCGGCGCGGCCUGCUCCUCGGAGGGGCGCGGGCAGCUGGGCUCACUGCCUGUGGACGCCGAUCCCGGAGCGCACCACCCCUCUGCGUCCCCUUCUGAAGCCCCGGGCCCUGCGGCUGGAGAGACACUGGAGCAGAGGCGCGGCACCCAGGCUGCCCCCCCACACUUUUCUAUUGCCAGUUACGACAAGUAUUAUUAAUAAAAAGACCGUGUACCUUCCCUUUUGAUUUCUUUUGUUUCUCCAGGGCCUGUUCAUGAAGGUAUUAGAUGAGAAGAUAAUGUGUGAACUGCUUUGACUGUGAUUUAAGGAUGAAACCGUUAGUCUGUAUACAGUUUUCAACCCCUUUUUCCUCUAUAGUAAAAUAAUCAUAAUAACAAAAAAGAAAACUCCAGUUGGAGUACUGGUAAAUAUUUUUGUGAUAAGAAUAUCUGAAGCUUCCCUCCCUCCCCACCCCUGUUUUUAGUACUAACAUGUAAAAUGUUCAGGCUUUUGUGAAAUACCUUAUAUUUUUUAAGAAAAAGGUUUCUAUCAUGUCCUGUUUGCUUUGUGCAAAUUAUUUUUGUUUACUCUAACGUAUUUUAUAUCUUUGUUGCAUUUUAAUUUUGCCCUUCUUUAAACUGCUGGAGUCUCUUCUCACUGCUUGUACAUUUCAUCAACUUGUAUAAAAAAAAUCUUCAUACUAAAAGAUUUCCCCUAAUGUAAAUAAUAAAUAUUUAUGAAGUAGUUAUUUUUUAAACUUUUAUUGUGUUUAAUUCUGGCUUUCCCUGAAAUCCACUGUGAUUUCAGCCAUGUCUGUAAUUAUGCUGUACACAGGCAGAGAAGGCGAGAGAGAAGGGGCCACAGUGCAAAAUAAUUGACCUGGGGCUGAGCCUGUCCAGUGCCCAGAAACACUGGGGGAAGCAGCCCCUAGCAGUUGGAAGGGAAACAAGGCGAUUUCAAUCCGUAGCUUAUGAUUUGAAAUUGUUUUGUUUGUUAUCUAUUUUGUUUUUGUAGAUUUCUUUGACUUUUAUUAAAAGGACACGUAGGUUACAUGAAAGUAAAAAAAGAAAAAUACUGUAGCAUUUGUGUUUAUAUUGUUUUAUUUCUUUAAAUCUGUUCAUUGAUAUUGUGCUUUAAGGCUGAAAUGAAGUAUAUUAUGAAUUUUUUAAGAAAACUCAUCAAAUUUCAGGGUAUCACAAAAUUUUAUUAUAUUACUAUACUGCCCACUAUUUAUUAUAUGUUGUAGAUGUCUGAGAGGUAAACCAAAUAUUUUAUUUUUAAUGUAAAAACAUCAAAUUUAACUUUAUUAGCAUAUUUUAGCAACUUUGGAAUAAAUAUGGACUUUUACUUGGUUUUGAAAUAAUCUCAAUUUGGGCCCGUGUGAUGGAUCUCUUGAAUGCUAAAAUAUGGGCUUUGAACCUAAUACAAAUAUAUUAAUAGAAAAUGCGAUUCCUUUAAUGCCAAUUAAAUUGAUAUUAGUAUAUGAAUUAGUCAUAUUUUAAAAUAUAUUAUGUGGUUAGAGAAAAGCAGUUUUCUGCCGUGAUUGUUAAAUCGCAAAUCAGUGGAAAUGAAGUAGAUGGAGUCAGAGUGGCAUUGCCCUCCUAUUCCAGAGAUCGCAGUUUUCCUGCCCCUGCAGAGAGACAAAGCAUCUAUGUUGAAUAUGUGCUUUUUGUUUUAUGAACUUCAGAUCAUUCUGAAUACUUUAUACAAUAUUUUCACAUGCACAAAUAUCCCCGUUAGUGCUUUUUGGAGAGGGAUGAGGGGUGGGGGAAGUGCAAAAUAAAGAUUAUUGGCUAUUU